GAAGCAAUGGGUCAGUUAGGAGGGCUUGUGCAUGUCAUAAUGCAGGCCUGGGACACUAUGGUGGUGACCCUGGCCAUGCUGAUGCCUGCCACUGUGGAUGCCAAGAUCUUCCAACGCUGCGACCUGGCAAUGAAGCUGGAGGAGGCGGGCCUCAACGGCUUCAAGGGCUACACCAUUGGAGGCUUGCUGUGCAUGGCACACUAUGAAAGUGGCUUUGACACCUCCUUCGUGGACCGCAAUCCUGAUGGCAGCAGUGCAUAUGGCAUUUUCCAGCUGAACUCCACCUGGCGGUGUGACAGUGGUGUUACACCUACCCAGAACCUCUGUCACAUGGAGUGUCAUGAACUGUUCAACCGCCAUAUUCUGGAUGACAUCAUGUGUGCCAAGCAGAUAGUGUCCUCACAAAAUGGUAUGAAUACCUGGGAUUCUUGGAGCCAGCACUAUUCUGGCCAUGAUUUAUCUGAAUGGCUCAAGGGGUGUCAUAUGUAUGCAAAACCUUACACAACAGAAAUUAAUUCAUGACUCAGCUUCCCAGAGAUAGAGAUUCCAUUUUCCCUUCUGUCCUUUCUUUUGUGGAUUUAAUAAAGGAUGAUAUCUAUAAACAAU